AAAUAUAAGUCUUCCUAUCAUCGCCGCUCUUAAUUGGACAGCAAACCCUCCCUCUUGUAAACACAUACAAACCAAUAACAAAAUGGCAGAAAGAGGCGGAGGAGAGCGUGGAGCUUUCAGGCGUGGCUUUGGUGGAAGAUCCGACCGUGGCCCAAGAGGAAGGCGUCGUGGCCGCAGAGAGGAAGAAGAGAAAUGGGUGCCCGUAACUAAGCUUGGGCGUUUGGUCAAAACCGGAAAAAUCACGUCCCUUGAGCAAAUCUACCUCCACUCCCUCCCCAUCAAAGAGUACCAAAUCAUCGACCAACUCGUUGGCCCUUCAUUGAAAGAUGAGGUCAUGAAGAUCACUCCAGUCCAGAAACAAACCCGUGCCGGGCAGCGUACCCGUUUCAAGGCCUUCGUCGUCGUUGGCGACGGAAAUGGGCACGUCGGCUUGGGAGUUAAGUGUAGCAAAGAAGUCGCAACGGCUAUAAGAGGGGCCAUAAUAUUGGCGAAAUUGUCGGUUAUACCGGUGAGGAGAGGGUAUUGGGGGAAUAAGAUUGGAAAACCUCACACAGUGCCCUGCAAAGUUACUGGGAAAUGUGGGUCUGUCACUGUUAGGAUGGUGCCCGCUCCGAGAGGUGCCGGUAUUGUGGCUGCUAGGGUGCCCAAGAAGGUGCUCCAGUUCGCUGGAAUUGACGAUGUUUUUACUUCUUCUAGGGGUUCUACUAAGACGCUUGGUAACUUCGUUAAGGCCACCUUUGAGUGUCUAUUGAAAACGUACGGCUUCUUGACUCCUGAUUUCUGGAAGGAGACUCGUUUCACAAGGUCUCCUUUCCAGGAGUAUACUGAUCUGUUGGGAAAGCCAGCGAAGACUCUUGUUCUUGAAGAUGCAGAGAGGGUGGAUGUGUGAUGGUGAUUAAGAGGGCUUUAGUGCCUAGGGUAGUAAUAUCAACUUCCUUUUUGCCUAUCAAGACAAUGCCUAUGUUCACUUCUUUGCUUCUUUGGUUGUCAUAAGAAAUUUAAUCUCAAGUUUUGUUUUAAUCAAUCCGGAUUGGAUUCAAAGCUUAUGGUUCAUAUA